AUGCAUAAAUUACAUGAUAAAGAAUAUAGUAUUAAAUGUUCUAUAAUGGGUGGAGUUGGUAAAACAUCAAUUGUGUUUCAAUUUUUUAGAAAUAUGUUAUGCUAUGAUCUAUCAUGUGUAGAUGAUUAUGCGAAAUAUAUACUAGUUGAUGAAAAUACAUUUAGAAUAGAAAUAUUUGAUACAGAUGCGGCAGAGGAAUAUUCAACAUUGAGAGAUCAAUGUAUUCGAUCCAGUAAAUGUUUUAUACUUGUUUGUGAUGUAUUUGAUUUCAAGUCAAUUAACAGUUUAAAAUUUAUGAUCGAACAAAUAUUAAAUAUUAAAGAAUCAAAUGACAUUCCAAUUGUAUUUACAUUAAAUAAGAUUGAUUUAAUUAAUAAUAAUAAUUUGGAGGAAAUGGUUGAAAAAUUAAAAAUGAAAUUAAUAUUAAUUUAA